AUGGGGCUAGAAGUCGACUGCGAGCUUGAGUUCUCCCUGGACCUUCCGGAGCCCUCGACAUGGGAGGGGAGGCCCGUCCUGUUCCCCCGCGCCCAACAGUCGGAGGACUCAGCGCACGACGAGGAGGAGGAGCCCAAGAUCAACUCAUGGCGGCUCAAGGAGAGGAUGAAGACGAUGAACGUGGCGCUGGUCGCUUGUCUCAACAUCCGCGUCGACCCUCCUGACGUCAUCAAGCCCUCGCCCUGCGCCCGCAUGGAGUGCUGGGUCGACCCCCAGAUGAUGAGCCCGCAGAAGGCGCUGGAGACGAUCGGGAAGAAGCUGGAGGCUCAGUACCGGCGAUGGCAGCCGCGAGCGAACUACCAGCAGGGCCUCGACCCCAAGGUAGAUGACGUGAAGAAACUGUGCGACAACCUGCGCAAGGAGGCCAAGGACGAGCGAGUCUUGUUCCAUUACAACGGCCAUGGGGUCCCCAGGCCGACGGCCAACAGCGAGAUCUGGGUUUUCAACAAGAACUUCACUCAGUACAUCCCCCUCUCUGUCUACGACCUGCAGACCUGGUUGGGAUCGCCCAGCGUCUUCGUCUUCGACUGCUCCAACGCUGGCGUCCUUGUCAACCAACAACAUCGUGAUGCUGAUCUCAUCAUCCUUGCUGCUUGCAGCGCAGGAGAGCUGCUGCCCCAGAACCCUGAGCUCCCUGCCGACGUCUUCACCUCCUGCUUGACGACGCCCAUCACGAUGGCUCUUCGAUGGUUCUGCAGCAGAUCGUCCUCCCUGCUCAAGAUUGACCCGAGCUUGAUCGACCAUAUUCCCGGGCAGCUCAACAACAGGAAGACCAUCCUCGGAGAGCUCAACUGGAUCUUCACGGCCGUGACCGACACCAUCGCCUGGAGUCUCCUCCCCCCUGAGCUAUUCCAGCGGCUGUUCCGUCAGGACUUGCUCGUCGCUUCCAUCUUCAGGAACUUCAUUCUCGCCGAGCGUAUCCUCCGCUCGGUCAACUGCAACCCAGUCUCAGUUCCUAAACUUCCUCCUUCUUAUCAGCAUCCCCUCUGGUCUGCCUGGGAUCUUGCCGUGGAAGUUUGCCUCUCCCAGCUCCCGGCUGUCCUGGCGGACCCUCCAGCAGAGUAUCAGCCGUCAAGUUUCUUCGUCGAGCAGCUGACUGCCUUCGAAGUCUGGCUCGAGUUCGGAGGGAGGAAGGAGACGAAGCCUCCUGUCCUUACCGUCGUGCUGCAGGUGCUUUUAUCGCAGGCCCACAGGUUCAGAGCUCUCAACCUCCUCGCUCGCUUCCUCGACAUGGGUUCCUGGGCCGUCAACCAUGCUCUUUCAGUCGGAGUCUUUCCCUACGUGCUGAAACUCCUUCAGAGCCCCUCCAAGCACAUCCGAGAGCCGCUCAUCUUCAUAUGGGCUAAGAUUUUAACGGUCGACAGCUCCUGCACCGUCGAUCUGAUCCGCGACACGGACUACACCUACUUCCUUCAGUGCUUGACUAGCCCGGACCUACCUCCGAACCAACGAGCCCUCUCUGUUGUCAUCCUCAGCGUCAUCGUCUCCGAGCUACCCGAGGCCAAGGACAAGUGCCUUCAGGGCGACAUCAUCAUCGGCCUCAAGGGCCACGUCGACUCCUCCUGCCCCCACAUCCGCAAGUGGGUCUGCCUGUGCUCCGGCCAGCUGUGGUCCUCCUACGAGCGAGCGAAGAGUCUGGCGCUGGAUCAGCAGCUCCCCCAAGUCAUCGUCACCCUCCUCCAAGAUCCUGUCGCAGAGGUCCGAGCAGCUGCUCUGUAUGCUCUGGGCACGUACAUG